AUGAGGGCUUUAAAAGCUUUUUGUGACCCCACUAGUUCCCGAACGAAAGAAGCCAGUGUCCACGGUCACUCUAGGGAAGCCCGCGAACUAGUACUUUUAGACGCACUGACAGGAGAGGCGUUUCGAUUCCCGUUUCCUGUCAGCCCACUUGCGCGUCCCAGCUGCAGGGGACCAGAUCGAGGGCAUGUUCAUCCAACGGAGGAACCAGAGGCGUGCUUCUGGUGGAAUCUUGAAAAUUACGUGCAACAGCUCAUCGCCAGUCUUCCUUCCCUUGCUCCUGUAGAGGAGUCUACAGGGAGAAAGGUUGACAAAGCUGAACUACAACGAAAGGACUCAUCCAGAAUAAAGGAACCCCAUAGAUACCUCUGCUUCGUGGAGGCCACAGGCAGGACCCUCUCAGCCGAAGCAGCAGCUGCAGCAGCGUGGCAGGCAGGCAGCAUCAGCAGCAAGAGACGAAAUAUCCGUGUUCAGUCAAAUGGGCCCCUCUCGUUAAUUCUUCUCCGGCCGGAGGUACUUUCGUGUUUGGAGCAUAGCAGCCGCAGUCCAACUGUUGCAGCAACCGUUUUAUCUACAAGUUUUGCAGGUGAUAACGAUGGUGCAAACACUGCAGCAACAGCAACUGUUGUUUCAACACAGUUGUCAUGCCCGUCAUCCCUUAUAGCCCCCAAGGCUUUCACGACUAUAGUGGUAGACGAAGAGAGAAAGGAGCCUGUCAGAAAGCAUCAUAUUACUUGCAGUGUGCUGCCAACCGCCGGAGGAGGCGACUUUACGACGUGCAGAGGGGCUAGUAUUGGGGAAUUUUCGACUAUUCCUGGUGCUGUUGAGGACGACAGUAGCAGUGGUCUCGCUUGUGCAUGCAACACUGCAGGAUACUUCAGUUUCCCUUCAGCUAGCAUGCAGCAGCGGUUGGUAAGCGGGGAGCUCAAGGCUCUGCGGGCGGCUGCGCUGUUGGAUGGCGACGCCUCGUUCAAGGUGUUUGGCAGUAAUGUUGCUGCCGCUGCUCCCUUGCUUUCUGCUUCUCGCGAUGCAGCAGCUGUAGCAGCGGAUCUGCAUAUGCGGCUCAGGCGACAGCGGGCUGCAGCAGAAGUCAUCGCGCGGGCGCUGCUAAGGCACGCAGAGCUGGCGCUCAAGUGGUCUGAGGCGUUGCAACUGAGGGUGCAGCAGCAAGGAAAAGCUCAAGAAGGCGUCAUUGCAGGUUUCGAGGAGCUUGUGCUGAAGCUGCAGCAAACACCUCUCGACCCAGCACUGCUGCUGCUGCAGCAGCUCAAGCAUGAUGAUUCUUCACAUCGGCCCCAGGAACAAACCGAGCAUGCAAGUAAACCUGCCGCAUGUGAUUCGACAGGUCGUCAGAAUCACAGAGGCUCACACCGAAGGGAAGAGUCGGGUGCAGUCGCCGUAGCUGCUGUUGCUGCUGGCGUGGAUUCAGGAAGGCCACAGAAAGUGGUUGCAUCAGGUAGAGGAACGCCGAGGGCCCAACCAGAUGCAGAAGCGGCAUCAACAAAAUCAACAGCAGAAGCACCCUUAGCAGAGACAGGAAGUCUGGCUGGGGGGAGGUGCAGUCCUACAGAUAUGGACUCAGGCAGAGACCUCUUCACAGAUGCAUUUCAGUCGCCAGACAUUGUUUCCGAUGGAAGUGAUACUGUCCAGCAACCCUGUAUGGGAACAUCGGCUGUCUCAGAGGUCUCUUCUGGUUCUCUUGCUUCAGCACCAGCAGCAGCAGCAUGCGCACGGUCAACGCCAGCAGUAGCAGCGGUGGGCGCUGUCGCCUCCUCUCUUGGUGAACAAGGGCCCCCAAACACUGAAGGCCUAAUAGAGCAGCAAAAACUGGCAGCGGGGAGUACAGCCAACGUAAAGGAAAUAUCGUAUCCUGCUACUGCAGUUAUAGCGUCAGCUGAUAGCCCUCUAGGUAAAGGUGCGGCACAACACUGCUGGAUCGAGGGUUCUCACGGAGGCGCAGCAGACGUCGUUGAUGUUCUCGCUGCAGGCGCAUGUACCAGGAGAUACCACAGAAACCCGGUGGGGACAGCAUUAAGGAAUGCAGAUGAAGUAGUGAAACAGAAAAGACGUUAUACAGAGGGAGAACCCUUAAAGGGUCUGGGCACAUGGGUUACCUCCCCGUCCUUCCGGGCAGCACAGCCAGGGCCCCCUACUGAGACAACGGAAUUUGACACGAACAGGACAGCCCGCGUAACAGUGGCUGCCGCAACUACAACAGCAGCUGCGGGUGACAAUAGAACGGUUGUGUGGCCAUCGGCAGCUUCAUUGCUCGAUGUCCCAGCCAUUCGUGCAUUCGCAGAAUCGGUGUUUGCAGACCGCGCUGCAGUGCUACAGCAGGUGGAACUGCUGCAGGAGGAAAUCCGUACAGCCGCAGCUACAUUUAGGGCUGAAGCCUAUGGCCUGCUUGCGGCAGCAGACGAGACAGGAACAGCCCUUUCGACGCUGCUAGGCGAGCAGCAGGAAUUGACAGCAGUGCACACAAGAGCGUUUGCCGCAGUUGUUGCUGCAACUCCAGCACCACCCAUCGCGUACUCUCGCUUUGCUCCGGAGCAGCUGCGGGCUCUUGCAGCGGAUCAAGGAGCAGCGAUGGAGGAGCUUCAGCAGCUUGAGCAGAAGCAGAAAGCCCUCACAAAGGAACAGAAGCAGGCCUGGAUACAACACUGCAGUCAGCAGUUGGAGCUCUUAUGUUUUUGCCUUAGAGCUCGGAUUCUGCUGCGGCAGUACCACAAGCAGGGCCUCGCAUAUAGCAGUAAAGCCCAGCGUGUCAAUGCAGCUCUUCUGCAGCUCCGACGACUGUAUGCAUGCCCCGCUGUCUUUGCUGCAGCAGCUCGAGAGACCAUCCGCCGCCUCAUUUUUGCUGCGUCCAUCCGGAAGGCCGCAGAGACCGCUCGCGCAGUGCUGCAGCGCAUGCAGCAGCAGGAGCAGCAGCAGCGGCUGGCGUUUUUGGAAUCUGCUGCUCCAUCUCUUCCUGUUGCUGUGUUUUGGCCCCUGCUACGGGUUGCCCCACAUGAAGCCCACGUGACGGUGCCAGAGAUAGACGAAUCGCUCAUCUCUAUCGUAGAUCCGUCAGCGCUUACUUCGGUUCUGGAGGAGGCGCAGCAACAGAAAUACGGCAAAGAAAGGGAGCAGCAAACCCGACAGCAGCAAGACGACCGGGUGCUGCUGCGGGCCUUGCUACGAUCCGAACUUGCAAGGAGUCACCAACGCUCUGGAAAUGACACAGACAAGCGCCAACAACAACAACAACGACAGCAGCAAUAA